AUGUUUUUAAAGGUUGUUCUACUCGCUACCGCGAUCACUGCGGUUAGUGCACAGUCUCAAGAAGGUCACGACUACCACCAUGGCCACGCCUCCUCCUCACAGAGCAUCAAGCAGUACCAUGGAAAAGCUACUGAAAAACACGUCGAGUACUAUUCUCACCCUAAGUACGAGUUCGCGUACAAAGUGGAGGACCCUCACACCGGUGACAAGAAGUCCCAGCAUGAGUCCCGCGACGGUGACGUCGUGAAGGGCGUGUACAGUCUGCACGAGCCCGACGGUACUGUCAGGAUCGUGGAGUACCACGCUGACAAGAAGACUGGAUUCAACGCUAACGUCAAGCGCGAGGGUCACGCCAAACACAUUGUUCCUGAACACCACCACUAAUUCUGUGAUACUUUUUAUUGUUAAACAUUUAUUUAAGAAAUAAGCUGUUUUGUUAU